CCCUGACAGAUCAUGUUGGCUUCAUCUGUUAUGGCAUGAGUUACACAUUUAGAGACCAACAUACAUUAAUACACAGGGUUAUCACUGAAGACUGAGAGGACAAUGAAGACAUUUUGCGGGCGUGCAAAUCCAACAACCGGAGCGCUGGAUUGGGUGGAGGAGAGCGAGGAAUAUGAUUAUCAUCAGGAGCUUGCCAGGUCUUGCUAUGCAGAUAUGCUCCAUGAUAAAGACAGGAAUGAGAAAUACUAUCAGGGCAUCCGAGCAGCAGUUAGCAGAGUGAAGGCACGUGGAGAACGGGUAGUGGUGCUGGACAUUGGCACUGGAACUGGUCUGCUCUCCAUGAUGGCAGUGAGAGCUGGAGCUGAUUACUGUUACGCCAUAGAGGUGUUUAAACCCAUGGCACAAGCUGCUGCUUGCAUCGUGCAGAGGAAUGGAUUCUCAGAUAAAAUCAAGAUCAUCAACAAACACUCCACUGAGGUUACAGUCGGACCUGAUGGAGACAUGCAAGAGAGAGCAAAUGUUCUUGUCACGGAGCUGUUUGAUACUGAGCUGAUUGGUGAAGGAGCAUUGCCCAGCUAUGAGCAUGCACACAUGCAUCUUGUCCAAGCUGGUUGUGAGGCUGUGCCACAUCGUGCCAAAGUCUAUGCCCAGCUGGUUGAGUCAGAUAUGCUGUGGAAAUGGUCACAGAUUCAGCCCAUCGAGGUUGAUGGACACAAACUGUUGCCUCCUCCUUCUGUAGUAGAGUGUGCAGGAGCGCCCUCUGUCUGUGACAUCCAGCUCAGUCAGGUGUCUCAACAAUCCUUCACUCCACUCGGGCCCAUCUGCACCAUGUUCAGCAUUGACUUCAGCAAACCAGUCAGAAGUGCUGCUCAGUCCUACAAAGUACAAUUCAAGGCCCAGUCUAGUGGGAGAGCACAGGUGGUCUUAACUUGGUGGGAUAUCGACAUGGACCCCGCUGGUAGCAUUGUUUGCACAAUGGCCCCGAGUUGGACCUAUACAGAACCUAAUUCUUAUCCUUGGAGAGAUCACUGGAUGCAGAGCGUCUGUUUCCUCCCUGCGGAGAAGAAUGUGUCUGAGGGAGAAGAGCUCAGUUUAACAGUCUCCCAUGAUGAUUACAGUCUCUGGUACAGCCUUUCACACAAUGAUGUCAAAGUGACACCUUUUCGGCCGUGCUGUACCUGUCAGGCCCAUCUAGUCUGGACAAGGCCACGCUUUGGGGAACUGAAUGAUGAGCAGAGGACUGAGAGUUACAUGAAUGCACUACGCAGAAUUUUGAAACCAGACAGUGUGUGUUUAUCAGUCGGUGAUGGGAGCCUGUUACCCAUCUUUGCUCAUCUGCUUGGAGCUAGGAAGGUGUUUAGCUUGGAAAAUUCUGGAAUGGCAAAACAAGUGAUUGAGCAGGUUCUAAAAACGAAUUCACUGAAGCACAGAGUACAGCUAUUGGGAAUCCAGCCUGAGCAGCUCACAAUGGAUGAUUUGGAGGGAAAUCAGAUAUCAGUAUUGAUGGGAGAGCCGUACUUCAGCACCAGUCUGUUGCCCUGGCACUCACUGUUUUUCUGGUACUGCCGCACCGCUGUGGCCCAGCUGCUCCAGCCCAGUGCUGCUAUCCUGCCCCAUGCUGCGACACUUUACAUAGUUGCUGUUGGAUUCAGAGAUCUGUGGAGAAUAAGAGAUCCGUGCGGAACUUGCGAGGGAUUUGAUGUUAGUCCAAUGGAUGAGAUGAUUCAGCAAUCUCUGGAUUUCCAUGAAUCUAGGGAGGCAGAGCCACACUCACUGUGGGAGUACCCUUGUCGCGCCCUGACCAAACCACACCCGGUCAUGAUGUUCAAUUUUACGCAAUGUGUUCCUGAACAACCUAUCAGCAGUCAAGGAACUGUGCCACUCACAGGGUAAAAUAAGAGCGAUGGCGUUGCCCUCUGGAUGGAGUAUCAACUGACAGAGGACAUCACUGUAAGCAUGGGCCUAACUAAACCAGUUGACGAAGAGGGAGCUUGUGAAUGGAACCCACAUCGGAAACAAGGCGUGUUCUUCUUUAGAUCUGCGAAUGAAAGUUCUGGAGAUGGAAGGGAAGAUCUCUCCUACAAUUUAACCUUUGAACCUCAUACUGGUGACAUUAAAAUGGACUUCUCUGUCACCUCACCCUAACGAAUGGCCAUGAUGGUCAGGACCCAAUUAAAGUCAUCAGUUUACAUUUUUGUUUCCAAAAUGAUGCUUAUCCAAAACACUUCAAUGAGCCGUUUUAUGCUCUCCAUAAUACUCAUUCACAUUUAAUACACUAUAUUAAUUUAUGUACGCAAUCUGUGAGGCAUUUCGAUUAAUAGA